AUGCUAAGACUCAAUACCAGCCUUGCAGAGCUCCCCAAGUCUAUGGAGACUGUUACUCAGAAUAAAGAAAGUGUUGUAAUCAAAAGCGCGAGCGGGAUAAACUCUGCCCCGCGGUCUGACUCCGUCUCUCGAAGCCCGGUUUUCGGAGAGCGAGAGGGAAAGUUACGGAUGGGAAGGGGCGAGGGUCGCGGGCGCACCCGCCCGGAGGGAGGCCAGCCUGCCGGUGUGGACCCGGGCAGGCGGCCCAAGUUCCCACAAGGCUCGGCCUGGGAAAACGGAGGGGCGCUCGCAGGGGCGCGAGGUCAAGUCGGGGCGGGAAGGCACCCGGAGAGUCCGGGGGCGGGAGGGGUGUGUCGGGGCCUGGAGGCCCGCCAGGCGCUGGAGGAGCUGCCGGGGAAGCUGCCGCGGCGCCCGCCUUCGCUCGGCCUCGGGCCCCGCGCCAGGGCCCGCCUCCCGCGACGCCUCACUCCCCUUCCGCCCGCCCGCCCGGCCCGCGCCUGCCCGGGGUUGCCGCGUCUCUCGCUCGCCGCCCGCCUCGGGCCCUCCUCCUCUGGGACUCCGCGCUCCCGGGAUCCCCUCCCGCUCUUUUCCUCCCCGAGUCCCGCCGCCCGCCUCGCCAACCUCCGCCUUUACCUGCCGCGGGAGCGGGGCGUCGAAGCCCCCGGGCCGUGUCGUCGAGUGAGCGCCGCGGGUCCGCAACCCUUUCCCGCCGCCGCCAGCCACUACGCUCUCCGGCGCGGCGCGGCGCGGGGCUGGCGAGCAGCUGUGUCCGCGGGGCGGGGGUGGGGGAGACGCAGCGAGCGUGCGGAGCGAGGACACACUGCCGCUCUCCGUCCGACCGGGGAAGAGCAGCCGCGCAGGAGCCCGCCGCGAGAGGGCGGGUGGGCGGCCGCGUGGGGAGGGGUCUCGCGGCCGCCGCAAUGGCUGCCACGUAGCCAGGUGGAUCUCCGCCCCCGCCCCGGGGCCGCGACCUCUGCCGCUCCGCACACCCCCCACCCACCCACCCGGGGCUCUCCAGGAUGCGUCGGCCCGGAGACCCGAGCCCACCGGUGCUGGCGCCUCGCCGGCUCCGUUACGAGAAGUGAGUCCCGGGCCUGGCGGGAGACUCAGCCCGGGACCCGCGGGGCCCCCGAGGCUCUCCCGGAAGCUUGCGGCCCGCCGCUGUCCCCCGAGGGCUCCGGGAAAAAGCAGGCGCGGGGACCCCCCCCCCCUACUGCUGCCCGUGUAAGCGCCCCGGUGAGCCGCGGCCGGGUCUAACCCUCACCUCUCUCCCGAGCCCGAAAAGCAAAACAAGGUCGUUCUGGCCCGGGGCAGCGAGGGAGGAACUAGGAGCUGGGGCGGGCGGGACUGCAGCUGCGAGGUCGGCGGGGCGAGGCGAUGGGCCCCGCGCUGUCCCCCACGGGGGCCCGCUCACUCGGGGCGGACGGGCGGCGGCGCCCGGCGGGAACAAAGGGCCCCGCGGCCCCAGCAACCCGGACGGAGGCUGCCGGGACCCAGCCCGCGCCGCCAACGUGCGGUCGGAACCCGCUGGCCUGAGCCCAAAAGAGCUGCGGCCUUUGCCAGUGUGGAGCUGGAGUUUUCAGGUGCCAAGAAAAAGCAACAGUGUUCCCUUUCCCUGUUUAACGAUCCUGGAUGAUUAGCCCGUCCCCUAAGCCCGCUCCAUGUUUUUCCUGUUGGACUCUGACUUCCUCGUUUAAUUUGUUCUGUCCUGACAUGAAACGAUCAGAGUACAAAAGUGUGUCUCUCUCUAGCCUUCUGAUUAAUGAUGCUGCUGGUCGUUUCGGAGUUUUUAGUUUUGUUCAUUUUGUUUUUGUGUCUGUUUUCUCCUGGAGUUUCCUCUCUUUGCAAUUACUUUGUAUUCUUUCACUGCCCCCCCCCCGCCCCCGUAGUAAAAUAACCUCUUGAUAAAGUAUUCAUCCACAUCAGAGAGACAGAUUAUCUGUCAAUUGUUAUGGCAAUUAUUUAAACUGAAUGUAGAUUUGAAAAGAAUACAAGUGAAAAAAAAAUCCCUUUAGAUCUGGUUCGAACAUUCUCACACUCAAUGAGCAAAUGGUCUAGUGGAUUUUUUUCUAGAAACUGGUGUAUUUAAGCAAAGAAACUAUUGUACUUAAGCAAAUAAAUUUACUAAUGAAAUCUCCCACACAGAAAAGAAUACUAAUGGAUUUGUUUUUCAUUUUCUUUGUCUUUUUAGAGAUCUCUUGAGUUUCAGUGUUUAAAAAUAUAUACUAUACAAACAUCUUUAUUAAGGCUUAUUCUAAAUAUGGUAAACAAAAGAAAUGUAAUAGUCCACAAUCCUGAGCGUGUAAGUAGCUACUGCUGAGAACCUAACAUUAAUCUGUUUCUAAGCAGCUAUUAGGAGCCUAAUAACUGUAAUAUAUGCCACUUUUGAAAUGAAAGAAACUUAGUAAUUAUAGACUUCAAACAAACCUAGCAAAUUUAUAUUAAUUUUGUUCACCUGAAAUAUGUUCAACGUGAUAAUAAAAA